CUUGUGUAGCAAAUUUAACUUUGCAUCACUUAGUGUGAUGUAUUACAAUAUGACAAAGCCUACUCCUAUCUGAUGAGUUGCAAAAACAAACCAACAAACUGAUGAUGCUGACACAAAAGAUUCUUACAAAUAAACAAUCUUUACAGCUUCAGAAAAACACUUAAUAAACAACAUUUCACAAAAAACAUUUCAAUAGCUUCAGAAUCAGUUAAAAAAGAACAAAACCUAUUGGAAUCAAAGAAGGGGUGGGGCAGCAGGUGCUGGCUUGGGAAAGAAAUUGAAUAUACCGGGCCGGGCAUGCAUGCAAACGAGACCCGGCCUCAGGUCCGGACGGGUUCUGUUUCUUAGGACCCUCUAUCUGUCUCGCUGCCCGAAGUUUUAAAGAAUGGAGUGGGUUCGGUUCGGGACGGGGCCCCGAAAAACCCCGAUUCAUUGCCAGCCAGACAACAACUAACGUACCAGAACUUCUGAAGAGGAAAGAAAGCAAGACAGUGACGCCAACCUCACUCUCAGUAACAUAUUGCGAUUACAAUGAUUUUGUUUGCAAAUUCCAUUUUCAGUGGUCAGGAUCUGUGUGGUUCUUCGUCAUCAGGUUUCUUGGCCUCCGACAUGAUCAUGUGAACAUGUUGCCAGAAAAACUUGGUUCUUUUCUCCACCACUGCGCCAAAACAAAGGCUUUCGAACGUGGGCUUUCACUCCACGCUUCAGCUGUCAAAACAGGAAGGCAAUCAGAAAUUUUUAUUGGCAACCAUGUUCUGAAUUUUUACGCGAAAUGUGACUGCAUUGAUUCGGCCAUGCGGGUGUUUGAGGAAAUGCCACAGAAAAAUUUGGUCACAUGGUCUGCGCUGAUAUCGGGUUUUGACCAAUCGAAUAGACCCCAUUUAACAAUUCAGCUUUUCAGUCAAAUGCAAAAGUAUUUUAAGCCCAAUGAGUUUGUUUUUGCUAGUACACUUAGUUCUUGCUCUGGCAUUAAGGACUCGAAACUUGGGCUGCAAAUACAUGCGCAGGCAUUGAAGUUGAGUCAUGCUUCUGUUAGUUUUGUUCGUAAUUCACUAAUUUUGAUGUACAUGAAAUGCGGCAUGUGUGCUCAUGGAUUGUUGAUUUUUACUGAUAGUGAGUGUGAUCCUUUAACUUUAGUUUCCUAUAAUAUUGCAAUUACUGGGCUUGUGGAAAAUAAGGAGCAAGAAAAGGGGAUUGAGAUGUUUAUGGUUAUGUGUCGGGGGGGUCUGGUUCCUGACCGAUUUACUUUUGCAGGAUUACUAGGGCCUGGAGAAGUCAUAUAUGAUUUACCAGUAGUAAUGCAAUUGCACUGUCAAAUGAAAUGGAGAAAGUGUUCACGUCGAUUGAGGAAAGGGAUGUUUAUUCUUGGAAUACGGCAAUUGCUGCUUGUUGUCGUUCUGAGGAUAAUUCAAAGGCUUUGCGUAUUUUUAGGAAGAUGGUUAUGGAACAUAAUGUGAUACCGGAUGAUUUCACAUAUGCCAGUGUGCUAACUGCUGCUGCUGGUCUUGCCUCCAUGAGAUAUGGCAAGGAGAUUCAUGCUCAUUUAUUUAGGACAAGGCUAGAUUGGGAUAUUGGUGUUGGGAAUGCGCUUAUCAACAUGUAUGCUAAAAGUGGGUCCAUUAGUUCGGGAUACACUAUUUUUGACCAAAUGGAGAUUCAUAAUCUUGUCUCUUGGAAUAGCAUUAUUGCUGCUUUUGCAACUCACGGGCUUGCCCAGAAAGCUUUUGCACUGUUUAAUGAGAUGAUGACAACAGGGCUAGGGCCAGAUUCUGUUACAUUUCUUGAAAUGCUGACAGCCUGCAGUCAUUCUGGGCUUGCAGAGGAGGGCCAAGCUCUUUUCAACUCCAUGAACAAAGUCUAUGGAAUAACCCCUAAUAUUGAGCAUUUGUGCUGCCUUGUCGAUUUACUCGGGCGAGCAGGAAGGGUGACUGAGGCUGAAGAAUAUAUACGGAGAUACUCUGCAGCUGAUGAUGCAGUUGUUUUAGGUUCUUUACUUUCAGCAUGUCGACUGCAUGAAGGCGUCGUUGUUGGAGAACAUAUAGCUCGGAGGCUUCUAGAACUUCAUCCUGUUACAAGUUCACCUUAUGUAUUAUUAUCCAACUUAUACGCAUCAGACAGAAAGUGGGACGGUGUUGCGGGGGCAAGAAAAAUGUUGCAAGUUAGUGGAUUGAAAAAAAAAGCUGCCCACAGUCUGAUUGAAGUAAAGGGAUCAUCAGAAAAGUUUAUAAUUGGAGAUUUUUCCCAUUCUAAAAUGGACGAGAUACUGGACAUGCUCAGAACCUUGACCCGGGUGAACGACGAAGAUUUGCUGUGUUAUUGACGUACUCUGCUGUGGAUAGACAUCUUUCCAUAUAUAAGCUCUUCAAUGAGCGAUGCUCAAUCGAUCGUGUAAAUUACCCUUCAUUCCCAAAUCAGAAAUUAAUAUCCAGAGAUAUAUUUUUACCUAUGA